AUGCCGCCAACGCUGGGCCUACGACGGGCCUUACAGAGCCGCGGUCGCGGUCUCGGAUUUGUUGCCCAGCGAACAACACCGUCGUCGUCCAUAUCAGCUCCGGCUGUCCGACCACGAUACCAAUCGACCGGCGCCACCCCGCUCCGACCCUUCAUAAGCACGUCCUCCGAUGCCAUCGAUCCCGCCGAACCAAUUGACCCCCGCAAAGACCUCGAGAGCGCUCUCCGCGACUUACAAACCCACGCACCCAACUACGUCAAUCUCCCGCGCCUCCAGCUCGCUCUGCGCAACCUCAGCCAACAACCCGGCCAUGAAUCGAUACGAGUCGCUUUCCUCGGCCUCACCACCGGCGACAAGCCCCAACACACUGCCAGGGAGCUGCUCCGUCUCGUUCUCGCCGAUCCGUUAAAGUCCGCCGAAAACUGGGAAGCGCAACUCAAGGCCCACGACCCCUCCAAGCCUCUCAUCGUACACAUCGGCCCUCCCGAGGAGCAAGCCACGCCGCUAUCACUUGCCGCGAGUGAACACGUCAUUCCCGAAAUCACCGUGCCGUCGCACAUCUACAAUGAUGCCAACCUCGAGAUGCUGGUCAUGGAGGCCGACCAGGGCGCCGUCGCGCAGGCGAGCUCGGAGCCACACACCUUCGACGACGCCAUCCUCGUGCCCGCCGUCGACACAGCCGCCACCACCGCCGGCCACUCAGCACCCAUCGUCACGCCCGUACACAUGGCCGUGCUGGUAGGCGACGGCGUGCUGGGCGCCGCCUCGAUCCUGUCGCUGCCCAUCAGUCCCGAGGGCCAAGACACCAUCACAGCCGUGGCCAACUUCAAGAAGAUCAGCGCCGAAGACAAGGCCGCAUGCCCGUCCCUGGUCAUCACGAGCGUUGAGUCCGGUGCGCAGGGCCUCGACCUCUUCCGCGAGAGCGCCAGCAACGCCAUGAAGUACGAAGCCCUCUGGACCGAGGCCGGCGUGGGACAUAUCAACAAGUGGCUGCGGUCCAACGUGCUCUCGCGAACCGAACAGGGCACCACCAAGGCGCCCGUGCGCAACCUGGUCGAAUCCGUCCUGCGCAACACCGGCGCGGCGCUCCAGGCGGCCGAGUACCGCGACAUGAAGCUCUCCGUAGAAGAGGGUCCGUCGCCGCGCACGGUUGCGCGCCUGAAUGAGGCGCUGGCGGAGUGGGCUCAGGAUGCGCACGAGGAGCUGCAGCAGCAGCUGGAGAUCGCGUUUGUCGGUGAGGCGUGGAGGCAGAUGAACUGGUGGAAACUGUUUUGGCGCGUGGAUGACGUGGGCAUGCUGUCGUCCGAGAUGGUGGCUCAGCGGUUCUUGCCCGAGGCUGAGAAGCGCUUGAUCUUUUUGGCCGGCAGGCUUCAGGAGGCUGGUGUUACUGGCCUUACUACUGCUGGCGGCGACAAGUCGGUGACGUACUCUGGCCCGGCGGUGCCACCGUCGUUCCCUGAGGGCGAGGGCAGCGUUGCUACUACUACGGAAUCUACGGGACUUGAGACCAAGGGAACUUGGCCCGCGCAUAUCCCCUUCACGAGGAACUACCUACAAGCGGAAACUGUUCCGGCCCUGCAAGCGCUAGCGCAGAAGCUCGUGCUACAGUCAUCAACACUGGCGGGCGCCACCACGGCACUCGGCGGCAUGUCCUGGCUCUCUGGAUUUGGCGUGUACGAGUGCGGAGCCGUUGCCGCGCUGGGUAUUGCGUUGAGCUUGAGGGGCUUGCAGAGAAGGUGGGAGAGGGCGAGAGAUUUCUGGGAGGGCGAGGUCCGUGAGGAAGGACGCAAGGCCGUUCGCGCAACCGAGGCUAGCAUUGCCGAGUUGCUGGAUAGCGUUUCCCCUGAGGUGCCCGAAGAUGUGGCGGUUGAGCUGGAGGAGCUGAAGGAGGCCAAGAGUGCCCUCAAGCGGGCCGAGGAGGCGCUGGCGAGGUUGAAGUAG